AUGGACGGAUGGAUGGAUGGUAACACAUGGCAGCCACGUAAGCAAGAAGGCCAAUUUGGGGUCGUGUCAAGGCGAGAAGUCUCCACACUGGUGGUGGUGGACUGGAGACUGGGAGGUGCUGCGAGGGCGAUACAGCACAGCUACUGCACGUACCCGUUCAAGCUGAGCAGCGUCCGAGUGAGUGAGCGACUAGGCGUGGCCAUGUACCUAUGUACCUAG